GUGGUUGUCCAUCCGCUCACACCUGGAAGGGGAACCUCGCGCUCCGGGACUCACUUCACCUGGCAGCCUCCAGAGGACCCGCAGCAUGGACAAACUGAAGUCGGUGUUGAGCGGCGAAGAGGCGCGCGCAGAGAACCGGACCGUCGCUCAGACCGUGAACGAAGCCUCGACUCUCGGCUGGGGCACGCGCAUGAAGGGGUUCGUCGCGUGCUUCGUGGUGGGGGGCGUGUGCGCGGUGUUGGGAGUGUGUCUGCUCUUCCUCCCGAAGAUCGGGAUCAUCCUCUUCAUCGUUUUCUACACGUUUGGGAACCUGUGCACUCUGUUCAGCACCAUGUUCCUGAUGGGGCCCAUGAAGCAAGUGAAGAGGAUGUGUGAUAAAACACGAGCCCUGGCCACCACCCUGAUGAUCACGUGCCUCGUGUUGACCCUCUGCGCCGUCUUCUGGUGGAAGAACUUCGGCCUCGCUCUGUUGUUCGUCAUCCUGCAGGUGUUGUCGUUCGCCUGGUACAGCCUGUCGUACAUCCCGUUUGUGAGGGACGCGAUAUUGAAGCUGCUGUCGGUGUGCAUCUGAGGCCCGCUGGUGUUCAGAGGGGAACGGCUGGAUGGAGACUUCUGUUUCUAGGUUUAAAAACACCUCCUCCUCCUCCUCCUCCUCCUCCUCCUCUUCCUCUUCCUCCUCCUGCUUCAGAGAGUCUGAGACUUCCUGUUUUAUCUCCAAAGAGCUUUCUUUUUAUUGUUUCUGCUUCAUAUAUUAAGCUGAUUGAUUGUUUGGUAUAUUGAUUACUUGUACCAGUUUUAAUGAGCAGGGGGCGCUUUGUUUGUAAUAUGUGUAAAUAUUUGUAAUAAAUGAAUGUAUUCAUAGUUUCUUUGUAAAUAAAAACAACAUGGCCUCACUAUUGAGAGGAGUCUCCUUUGAA